AUGGCAGACGAAUUUACCUUUCCCAGCGAUCCAGAGGCGCCCUCUAUUGAAAUAGAAUAUGUGCACACAUCCACAUCGGUGGCACCCCAGGAAUCUAAUAUUUUACUGGACUCUCUCUAUCCCCCCCGUCGCCAGUAUGCGGCCUCGGAUUCAGGCAGUGAAUUCUCCCCCAGCUGCCCACCCUCGCCUGCCAGUGUCCACUCGUUCUUCUCAGACAACUUGCUCUCUGCCGACUUCUUUGACAACCCUAGUCGUUCUGCAGACAGCUUGGGUCUCAUUGACUCGUUUGACAAUCUCGAUGUCCAUCCAGAAAACUCUCCCGACAUCCCAUCUCUUACUAUAAAUUCAGAUUAUACCUCGACCAACGCCCCUCCGUCCCCAAUCUCUGACCAAAACCUUUCUCCGUCCUACAUCCCUUCAGGGCAGCUCCUUCCAUUCUACCAAAUUAACGCCUCUUCUUCCCUCUCCCUCCCCGAAUACCUCUAUUAUGACCAAUACGACCAAAGGAGGCCCCUUAUCCGCGUUGCUUCUUCAACAUCCCUAGCCUCUUCCUCCAAUGAUGGCCACCACACCCCGUACACCCCAGACAUCCACGGGUACUUUGAUUUCUCCCCCGCCCUGCCAGAUGCUCCAUGGCAGGACGACGCCCAGUCGUAUGUCCAACCUUCCGAAUCCCCUAAUCCCUCGUCUCCGACCAUUGAUAUGAAUCAAAUUCACGAGACGAUCAAGGAGCACGCAGAGCAACCUACCCUUGUCGCUGUCCACCCGUCUGCCCCGGGAGUCACCACCGAGAUCAACAACAGCAACGCCCCGACCAUCGACGUCCAGCGCGUCCGUCAACUCGUCGAAGCCAGCAGUGCGCCUCACGUCCGCGCCUACUUCAAAAAGAAUGCAAAGCAGGCCGUCUCUACUCACGCUGGCCUAAUCGCGAGCAAUAAUAGGCGCAAGUUCUCUGCCAAGUUUCCUUGUUCGAUUUGUGGGCACAACUUUACGCGCAAGCUUGGCUUGAACAAUCACCUCAAAGCACACCUCGGCAUCGUCGACCAGCACUGCAGGUUCUGCACUGGUAUGUUCGCUACGUCCUUGAAGAGACACAUGAAGCGCUGCAGAUUCAACCCUGAUCGCGAGACCGCCAACCGGGGCACUUCGUCUCUCCCCUCCUCCUCCUCCUCAUCAUCAUCACUGGCCAAAGGUAAAGGCAAGGAGAAAGCUAGCGCGGGAGAGCUAGCGGGCGAAGAUCGAGAGCAAAUUGGGACGGCGACGGAGAUGUCGCCGUUUGUGUUCAGAGGAGCCUCCGGUCCGACCCAGAGGCCGAGAGUGAGAGUGCCAAGGGUGAAGGUAAAUAGUACCAGUGCGACUGAGAACGGCGGAUGUGGGGUAGAGGGGGAUGCGAACACUGCGGAUGAGGGUGUCGAGCUUCCUUCUGCUUCUCGUGCAGCCCCGAGUUCGAGUUCGAGUUCAAAAUUGUUGAAGAAGCACGGCAAACGUGGUGUGUGA